AUGGCAGCCAAGACCAAGCUCGCCGGCAAGCCCAAGAACGAAGGUGAAGAUCUCGUUGCUCAAGCCUCCAUCCCCAUCAUGCCCAACCCACCGCCACUCCGGCCUCAAGCGUCAUCACCGCCACCGGAAGCCUCCGCCUCCACAUUCCGCUACAGAUCAAUGCCCCCUGCUGUGGAUCCACCUUCACCCAACAACAUGCACCACUUGGAGCUCGGUCCCGACCACCAUUUGGUGCUCGAUUCCGACAAUGAGGAUGUGCAUGAGAUCCUAUUGGUGGACUCUCCACCGCUGCUCCCACGUCCUGGUGGAUCCCGGGCGCAUCCAUUGUCACCGCCUUUCUACGUGCCACUGCUGGAGCAGUUACCUCCCAGCUGCUACAACUCUGACCACCGGACCAUGAGCAGAGUACACCCACGUGGAGAGAGGUGA